CCAUUUUUCUUUUUGUAAAUUUCGAUCGCUACUAUAUAAACCCUAACGUAUAAUAAAACUUCAAAAAGAUCAAAGAAAGAGAUCAGAGAAUAGGAGAAAUUCUGAUCAAGAUUAUAAAGAGAGUCAUCUUGAUGCUAAUAAGGACAUGAGUCGUAUUGAAAAACGAAAAUCUGAAGAUUUUGGAGAUAUGUAUAGUGAAGUAUAUAGUUUCUUUGAGAAAGUGAAGGAUGGGUUACGUAAUCACGAUGAUUAUCAAGCAUUCUUGAAGUGUCUUCAUCUCUAUACCACUGAUAUAAUUACAAGAAACGAAUUACAAAUCUUGGUUUCUGAUCUACUUGGAAAGCAUCCGGAUCUUAUGAAAGGUUUCAGAACAAUGGAACAAAACCUUUUUAAACAUAUUGCUAGUAAUUUGUAAGUUCUCAUUAGGUUUAGAUAAAACGCAAAACAAUUAUGAUUAUCUUGGACUCAAAUAGAUAGCCUUGUUUUAAACUUACAAGAUGUUUGCUUGUGUCUCUUUUUCAUUAAAAAAGUGCUUAGUUUUUGAUAAUUUUUUUCAUUCUAACUUAUUUAAAAGUAAUCACUAUAAUUUAUUCAAAGUGUUUAUUAUACUUGGAAACCAAUUUACCUCUUUACCACUCUUUUAAUUCUAAAAAAAUAAUAUAGAUCGUUUUUUUUCCUGAUCAGUGAUACAUAUACCAAUUUACUCUUUUUUUUUGGUCAUUUCAAUAAAUAAACAACAUUUGUGGGACAAUAAAAACAACUUAUCAGUUAUUGUGUUGGUAUUGUAUAUUUUUUUUUCAAAAACUUUUUUUUUUGAUACCGCAUAAACUAAAAAAUAUAUUUAUAAAUAAACAUAAGUACUGUUAAAUAAACAAUAUCAAAACGUCCCAAAAACCAAAAAAUGUUGUUAUAUUGUGUUAUAUUAUAUUAUUUCAAUAUUGGAAUAUUGAUCUAGACAAUUUUUUAUAUGCCACUUAAAAUAAUUUAGAUUUUAGAGUCUAAAAAUCUUAUAUGAUUUUUGAAAUUUUGCAUUUAUAUCUUAAAAGGCUAUAGCAAUUUAGAUAGAAACUACGUAUGUAUCACGACAAAUACAAUGAAGAAAAACUUCCAAUCUAUGCCACCUAGGGUGGACCUAAAGGUGUCCUGAGAGGUUCUGUACAGCUACAUUUUUUCGUAUUAGUGUAAAAAAAAAAUUAUUAAUAUGCAUUGCAUUAUACAGUA